GGAGACAACUUAGCCAUGACAUACAUGAUAGGGUGAUGGAAACCCUGUGUGUAGACGAGAUAAGUGACGUCUUGUGCAUUUCCGACAGCAGUCAAGUGUGAAAUCAUGUGACCUAAAAGAAAAUGGCGACCUGCAUCGAGCCUGGGUGAGUAAGGAAUGUACAUGGUUUGCACUUGUUUCUCGGCGUUACACGCGUUAAAGUCUCGCGUUUUUGUUAAACCACACACGAAGCUCACUCGUUUAAACUAUUCUGUUUGUAUGUUGUAGGGGAGGGAGAAGGCAGAUUGCUCUGCGGCAUUUUGCCAACCAAUUUGUUGCUCAGUGAGAUUGACCCUGACAGUCUGCUUCAUUAGAGACCCAGUGAAUGCAUGACAUUACUCUGUCGAUUUAGUAAUGUGACUGUGUAUGUCUGACUGCUGUGACCUAGACAAUCAUGAUGAUGGAGACACAAACAUGUGAAGUAGAGGUUGAGCAGAGAAUGCUGGCCUCCAAGGUGAGCGACAUGCAGGGGGAAGAAGAGAAUGUAUACACUGAGGGUGACGAGGAGUACUCAGCCCAGGGGAAAUCCGGCUCUGUGGAGACGUCAGACAUACAGCAGUUCUACCAUGCCCUGGUGGAGGGAGACAUGGACACUAUCGGGCUGAUGGUGAGAUCAAGAAGGGUGGACAUCAACCACAUCUUUAGCGACUCCUGCAUUCAGUCAUGGCAUCGAGGUCAGGGCGCUAUCCAUUUGAUCACGCGGAAAGGGAAAGUCAAUCUGAUAAAGACAUUAGUGGAUAUAGGGGCGUCUGUCAGACUACGCAAUAAAACAGGAGACACCUCACUACAUAUAGCAUGUAAAUAUGGUUUCCACGAAUGUGCAGAGUAUUUACUGAGGUGUGACCCUGAAUUGAAGGACGCGCAAAACAAUCAAGGGCUGACCCCUUUAGUCAAGGCAGUGUUUCGAUUUGAGAACGCUUAUCGUUACGACCAUGCAUUCCGGUUCAACUACAUGAAAACCAUAAGGCACCUGGUAGAAAAUCACGUCAAUGUGAAUCUGUGCCCAGCCUCUGGGAUCACACCACUACACAUCGCUGCUGGGAAGGGCGACGCAGAUCUGUUGCGACUGCUGAAAAGUGGUGGUGCAAAUGUGAACGCCAUCUGCAGUAAAGGUUUCAGCCCAUUGCUAACUGCCCUCUGCCGUACACGUAUCCACACAGAGAGCAUCAAGCUUCUGCUGGAUUCUGGUGCCGACGUCAAUGUGUGCACUGUGGCCGGUAGGACUGCGUUGCACCUCGCAGUCUCAAAGAGCGAUGACAUCUCGGUGCAGCACUUGCUCGAUGCUGGUGCCGAUCCCAACUACCAGGACAACUACAGCAAGACACCGCUGUGGAUCGCCGUACACGAGAACAAUAUUCAAAUAGUGCCCAUGCUGAUUAAGUUUGGCGGGAAUGUGAAUCACUUCACCCUGCCCUCCAGGGAAUCUCUUCUGUCGCUUGCUAUCCAGAAGCAGUUUGAGAAGAUGGCCAGACUCCUGGUGGCCAACGGUGCAGAUGUGAGCGCUGAAUCUGCACUCAGUGCCACCCCGCUACAUCGCGCGGUGGAGGUUCAGAGUGUUGCGAUGGUGAAACUGCUGCUCCUCCAUAACUGCUAUCUGGAAGAGGAGAGCAACUCGCAGAGAAUCCUCUGUCCGCAAACGCCGCUACAACUCGUCCUGGAGACAGGACAUCUUCCUCUCAUCCAGCUCCUUAUGCGAGCUGGCUGCAAAGCCAAGGAAGUUUGGUUGCAGCAGGAUAAUCUGUCUAUAGCCUUGACUUGUCAGCCAGCCAUCAUACCCUGGAUUCUGGACUACUUCUAUAGCCCUAAAUCCCUCUCGCACAUCGCAACCUUGGCCUGUCGCAGGCUUCUAGGCAGGAACAUAAUGGAUAAAGUGGCCAGUCUAGUUUCUGACAGAUACAUUCCUGCUAAAGCAGGACAAAAUAUACUGAUGCUUGACUUGUUAUGUUAAAAAAAAAGCAACAAAAAAAUCUUCAUCAGACAUUUCACUAAAAAUGAUCUUGAAUGGAGUUGAGUGCAUUCAAGUACAUGUAUUUGAAAUACUAGCUGGGCAGUUUCUUCCACACAUAAAACUAUAAUCAGUGAAAAAUUCUUAAUGAUUAUUAUGAUAUAUAUAUAUAUUGUUGGGCCGCAAUGAUGUCAUAGAAACUUUUUGUACCUACCUACCUAAUUCUGUUCUUUUUUUUUUUUGUUAAAAUGAAGUUUUCAGUUUUUACUAAUGUGUCUGAUGAAGAAGACUUAAAUUUUUCAAUUUAUGGUGCCUUUCCUUAUUAUGGGAUGUAUACACAUACAUUUAUAUGCCUUUAAAUGGAGCGUUUCUGAUAGGGCCUUUUUGUUUAUGACUAUUAUUAAUAUUAUGUUUCUCUGGCUAUAUGUGGGAAGGUCUGCCACCAACCUGUGAAUGGUCCUGGGUUUCCCCCAGGCUCUGCCCGGCUUCCCUUCACCAUAAUGCUGGCCGCCAUAAUAUAAGUGAAAUAUCCUUGAGUACGGCGUAGAACACUAAUCAAAUAAAUAAAUAAAUAUCAUGUAUCAGAUCAUGACUGGUAUCAACAGAGCAACCUCAUUCGUGUUUCAUUUUGUGCAGUACUUGGAUUAUUUUCUAUGGUAAAAUUUAAACUCACUGUACUUUGCAUAUGCUGUAUGCAGUCAACGCAGUUCUCUAACAAACAAUGGCAAAAUUUAAGAACACAUUUUCAUGUAUCCACAGAUUUAGGAUGCAGCUUAAACAGAUGUGAUUAUGCGAUAUACAACCUCUAAAUUAGUAAAACAGAAUGGUAAAGACAUUCAUACGAUUUAUAUGCAUGUACAUUUGAUUUUAUAAAGGGAGAUAACAAAGUUUGCCACCCAAUGUCGUGUAUUAUAUUCAUCUUUGACUGAAGUUAUAUUAUUUGGUUAUUACAUUCUAAGCUGAAUGACUCAAACAGAUGAUUUUUAGCACAUUUUCAUCAAAAGUGUUUAGUAGUUGAAAAGGUUGAAGAUUUACAGUUUAGAUUUACAAUUUACAUUUGUUUAGCUGAUCUUUGAAAUGGCCUUAAUUAUAUCUCUGGAGCAGGACUAUACAUGGAGUGCACCUUGAAUGACCAUGCCAUAUAAUAUGUUAACAUAUUAGUCAAAUAACAAAUGAUCUAUUAGGAAUAUCUACCCUGAAUGUCACAGUGUCACAAUCUUUUUCGGAGCUGAAAUCAACCAAGGUUAGAGGUUCAUGGAAAUCAUGCCAAUUUGAUAAUUUUCGGUUAAUAUCAUGUACAGGUACGUGAGAAUAUAAAUAUCAGGUGUAUAAAACUAUAUGUCUCCUCCAGGCUAUGAACUCUUGCUCAUGACGAACCUGACUGAUAAAUUGUACCUCAAUCUUGGAGAGCUUUCCACAUCUAUAUCUAUAUUUUUUUGUUAUACUCUGUUAGAUUGUAAUUAAAAAUACAAUAAUUAUUUAACGUGACCAACAUGCAUAUUUUUAUUCUUUAUCUGUAUGGACUGGAGAAGAAAAUAUUAUGAAAAUUUCACCAUAUAUAAAAAGGAUGUAUAUUUGUAUUGCAUUUGCGCUUUAAAUAUUAUUUUUAUUAUAUACAUGUAUUGAUGUAUAAGUAUGAGUGUGAGUAUUUAGUGAGAGUGUUUUUCUUGUGCAUAUAUGUGAGCUAUGAGUUAUAGGAUGGCUAUGUUAUCUGGUUCUUUCUGCUGAUGUGAUCUGAACUGGUUGUGAUUUAAUUGUUCCUAAUUGUUUGUGUUUUGUAUAAUUGUGAAGCUUGCAUUGUACAGGUUAUACUCUCUGGGACAAUUUCAUCUUUUCUCUGCAGGUAACAUUUUAAGUUUCAUGUUUAUGGAAGAUUUGCUGCUGUGCCACUUGUAUACUGCUUAGUACUUGGUGUUUUUAAAACCUUUAUUAAAAACAGACUGCUUUUAAAUUAAACUUUCACAGGAAAUAAUAUGAUUAACUUGAAAUUAACACAAAAUUUAAGUGAGGUAUUAGGGGUGAAGUACAUGUAUAUUUCAUAUUAUUCACUAUUAUUUCUUUUUUUUUUUUUUUCUUUUUUUUUCUGUUGAUAAAUUUUGUAUGGGGCAUAGGGAUUACAGAAUGUGUAACUUCUUACAUGCCUUUAUCUGGGAUUAUGAAUGUUAACUUUGACUCACAAUGGAGUCCCCCCUCUCACUUUUGUUCAGGAUGUGUACUGCUUCUGAUCAAAUUAAUUAUCAAAACUUAUAACAGUAUUUUGCCUACUGUAAGAUGAACUUUUGUUCAGGAUGUGUACUGCUUCUGAUCAAAUCAAUUAUCAAAACUUAUAACAGUAUUUUGCCUACUGUAAGAUGAACUUUUGUUCAGGAUGUGUACUGCUUCUGAUCAAAUCAAUUAUCAAAACUUAUAACAGUAUUCUGCCUACUGUAAGAUGAAUUUUAUAAAAUACAUGUGUAGGCAGACAUUAAUACAUGUUGAGAUUUCUCAGUGUGGAAGGUAAUAGUAAUAUCUAAACUGAAACUUCUUUGUAUCAUCAUCAUUGAUUUUUCUAAUGUGAGAGCUUCAUCUGUGUAGGCCUGUGAAGGUUUAUGAAGGGUCAACAAUUUUUGUCUAACACUAACUGGAAUUGGUCUGAAAUAUUAGUUUCAGUAAACAAGAAAUGCAUUGGAAAUCAAAGUAAAAAGUAGUUGGCAGAAAGGAAUAUCUAUAUGUAUAGUCAUCAGAUUUCCAGGUAUGGGCAUUCAGCGUGUAGUCAAGGUAUUGAUUUUAUUAUAAUGGGUUUUGUGAUCUGAAAUUUUACAUUGUUAAUUAUCAUAGAGCUUUAUUAUUAAUAUAUACAAGCAAAUGAAUA